UAUCUGCUGAGGACCUGACUGUUGUUGGAACCAGCAGAUAUAGAAUUAAUAAAAAGAAAGACCUAAAACAAAUAUCACCUAGAUCAGUUGUAUUACAGAUUUCAGCUAUACGUAUGUACCAAAUCAAACAAUAGUAACAUCCAAAAUAUCCAAAGUAUCCAGUUAAGCAGUUUCCUAGUGGAGAGUCUAUUUAAAGUUCUGAAACUUUAUGCCUCUGUUGGAGAUGGCUGCUGUUAGAACGUUACGUCUACUACGUGAUCAGAAGUGGUGCUCUAUAUUUAUCAAAUCAUGGGGCUCACCAGAGGACACGCAACAUAGUGCUGCUGAGACGGCAGACUUCCUAGACCUUCAUCUCCUGUAGACCAGGGUCAAAGCUGAAGCAGGACAGGUUAUAUUGCAUCCUCUAAGUCAAAAUGGAAGACUUUGAAUUCAGUGUGGAGAUCUGUGACCGUGACUGGGAGUGCUUCUUUGCGGAGUGUGAGGAGUGUAACCUGCUUCCUCCUUCAUUAGCAGUUGUGGAUGAUUCGGGGAUGAGUGACAUUGAUGAUACAAGGUCCAUUCGCGCUAAGAGGGUUAAGAAAGCCGACCUAACAGCAGGCUUUUCAGAGGCUGACCGCCCCAUCGAUGGCCCCCCAGACUGUGAGGGCUCUCCUGUGGAGUGUUACUGCAGCAAACACGUCGUAGGUGGAAUGGAGAGCGUGCUCUCGGGCAGUGAGGAGGAUAUACACCUGCAGUCUGUCAAUAUAUUCUUUGAAACGCUGAAAGAUCUUACAGAGGCGGAGAGGCUUACUGAGCCAAGCCAAGUGAGAAAUGGAAAAAACAGAGAGGUAAUACUGGAGGAGGAGCCGUGUAGUGAUGGGCAACAAGCCAGCAGCAGUUCUUUGCCAAAGAACAUCCCCAAAUUAAACUUUCUGCCUGCCAGCGGUGAAACAGCAGUUGGCAAAGAGACCGCGGAGCCUGUCGACACCAUCAGCAACAUAAACACAAUGAAAAAAAACCUGCCUGGUUCCAACAUUUCCCCUGAACCUGCAGCCAGUAACUUAGUGCUCAAGACUAAUACAUUAGCUUACCCUGAAACAAGGUUUUUUAUCAGAGAGGAAGCCUGCACAGAAACCAGAGUAAAUGAAACAACACCGUUCAGUCAGUCUCAAGACUCACUGGAGGGGUUUGUUGGCUCAGAAACAACACCUCACACUGGCAAAGUGAUGAAGGUGGAAAUGUGCACACCUCUGGAUUAUGUUAAGCAGUGUAAAAAUGUUAGCACAGAUUCACUGUGUAAUCCAGAAAUGGUGACGCAUGUUAAAAUAAAGGAAGAUCAAAACCCUGAUCUAUUACAAUCAGACUCAACCUGCACAAACAAAACAGUGAGCCAAGAAUCAUCUCCAACUGCCUGUAUCAAAAGAAAGAGAAGGAAGAAGAGACGACUCAGUUUUGAGCCAGCUGAGAGUGUGCAUGAGAGGCAGGUUUUAGUCAAGCAGAGUGACUCCGAGGAAGAACAAUAUGCAUGGAGAGGAGGAACUGGUCUGUGUUUUUUUGAGGAUAUUAAUGUAUCCUAUUUAAACGAACAACAACAAAAAUGUAUGUCCUCUUUAACUACAUAUUCAGCGACCAGCAAUCUCCCAGUGAAGAUAUCUGCUAAGGAGAUCAAAGUAAAUUAUCUUUCUCACUACAGUCCUCCAAGUGAGAGUCAAUACAAAUAUUUACCAGAGAGCAUAGUCAGAAAGGGAAGGUGUAAAGCAACAGGCUCGGCUGAAAAUAAUGCAACUAAUGAUGGGUCAGUAACCCCGCUGAGUCGCACUGAUAACAGCGCAAUGUCGGCGCCAAACAAUAGUGAUAUUGUGGCAACAAAUUUACAGCCAUGCAGCAAAUUACAUGUAGAAGAAUCCACUGGGUUGCCAGUUUCAAUUACUGAUGCUGUAAUUGAUCAAUCAGACCUGGCCACAGAAAUGGCAAACUGCGGAAGAAAGGACACUCAUUCAGGGAGUCUCCAAUCAUCAAGUCUUAAUCAUUCUAUCAUUUGUUGCAAAAAUGAUCAAAAUCCAGAAUCUUUUACAGCAGAGGUCAAAUCAAUAAGUAUUUUACCAAGUGCAGAUUCAAAUGAUCCCGCAAUGGAAGUCAGCCAAAAUGACAAACUAUCCCCUGCUAAGUCGGUCCUGGCUGUAGAGGCUGGAAAUUGUGGCAGAGACAACCACACACCGUGUCAAAGAGAGGCUGAGCCCCAACAACAGCUGGAAAUUGACUGUCAAGACAGGGACCAAUAUAGGUCUCCACUGGAAAAGACUAAUUUUCCUCUGUCUGCAAGCAGUUCUGAUACUCAACCCAAGCAAUUCAAAACUAGAGCCUGUCCAUUCAUGGAGGAGAUUUCCAGUCAAGUGGGCUGUGCUAAAUUAACAUUACAUACCAGCAAUGCAUUGCCUGAUAAACACUGUCUGGUUAAAAGUCCUUCCAGUUUAGAUAUAAAUAUUACAGCAGAGCAAAUAGAACAUCCUCUGGUGCUUCACACAUUAUCCAAGUUUGAUGUUUUGUCAAAGAAAAACACAACAGAUGAGAGAACUGAAUUAGCAGCGUCACAAACAAUGGCUUUUCAAAGUGGGAAUCCCUUUCUAUCUGGUGAAAUUAAUCUAACGGGCAAAAGUCAGAGAGAAACCAAAUCGCCCAUGUCUGAGGACUUACUCUCAAGUGCUUCAUAUAUUACAUCCGUAUCAUCCUGCUGCACUCUGGACACAGAAUCUGCCUCGUCACUCUCAGACAUGUCAGGAAGUUCUUGUUUAUCUGUCAAUCAAAAUGACCCUAUAAGUCAAGCAGAAGAAACGUCACUAAUACUGGCAAAACAUGAGGAAAGAGAUGGCACAUCUGAAUCCAAAAGCCAGCCUGUGUCAAAUGACACAACAGAUUCAAAAUGUGAUUUAGUGGUCAAAGCAGAAGAUGUCAUUACAGCAUAUAAAGAAGAAUGUGAACCUGAAAAGGCACCAGUUUCAAAAUAUUCAGUCUUCGCUAUGUCUUCUUUUUGGAAUGAGAUGGAGAAGCUGACAAUAAAUGAUAUUCUGGGUUUACGAAUGAUCAGCAAAGCUGCUCCAUCCAACCUUCUCCCACCUUUACAGGAAAGUGAGGAGACCAACAUGUUUUCUAUGACGGAUUCAGGUGUUUUUACUCAACUGGAUGAGUCCAAGUCUGAACAAACCAAUGAAGACAUGUCCAGCGAUCCUAAUUAUGUAGAAUCAAGUUCAGAUUCCGUUAUGUCAGUUGAUUCUUCCUAUUCAAGAGGUGCUAUGUGGAGCAGUUUAGGUGCUGAUAUUUACCCUGAGAAUAUGAUGUCAACAUCUGUUAGGGAUAUUUCUCAACCGGUCCUCCCUGGAGGUGCUCAAACGUGCCUCAGAAAGAUUUCAAAAAAUGUGAGUGUGCACAAUUUACAUGCCCUGGAAUCUUUCAGAUACACUAGGAAAGGUCAAACUUUAGAAACCUUAGACCAAGGACAAAUACAAAAAGUAGAGUAUUUUACUGAUGGACACAUGCCUGAGCAUGACAAAGACGUGGACUCUUUAGCUUCAUUUUCAACAGACCAUUACAGAAUCUCUCUCACAGAUAUGUUUCGGUAUCUCUUUGGUGGAAAGCAAUCAAUUCCCAGCCAGUCAGCAAGAGAUAACAUAACCACCUGCUACACUGAUGGAAAUUCUGUCCCUGAAACUUAUGAUCAUUUUUUCUCAGAGUUUGAUACAGAAAGCUUCUUCUACCCUCUCAUCAAAGCAGACGAUCAGACCAAAGACAAGCAGGUUCCUAUCUUUUCCUACUCUCGCUCAGCUAAUAGAAAUCUACAGUUCCCUGAGGCUUAUGAUCACUUCUUUGCAUCCUCUUCUUCUGAUGAUUCUUCUGUUGAAUCUGAUGAAGAAGAUAGCUGCAGUCCUGUGAGGGUGGUGACCAGGUUCAGCCGUACAUCAAGCGCAUCUCAGAGUUCUACAGACAUAUAUGAGAAUUUCUUCACAGAUGGCGACCUCAGACUAUUUUGGAAAACCACACUCUCCUUCAGAAAUAUUAGUUUGACUGGAUCUACAGUCCAGAAGCAGACUCUAAAGAACCCUCUGUUUCAUGGACCUGUGAGGCAAAGUGGCAGAUCCCUUGUAAGGACAGUUCAUCCUAUAAAUGCUCUGGGAAAUCAAGAAGUGAUGUUUCCUGAUCCACUUUUGUACCACCUGGAGGACAGGAUCUACAAACAAAUAGCACAGCGGCCUUUCAGAUACGAGGACUUAGAGACGACUGUUUCAAAUCCAAGGUUGGAUGCCUCCCUCCUGCCUCUCAGACAGUCAGACAUGUGUCUGGUUUGUAUUGCAUUUGCUUCGUGGGUGCUGAAGACUGCAAACCCACAAGUUGGAGAUACCUGGAAGGCUGUUCUGCUGGCGAAUGUAAGUGCUCUGUCAGCCAUCCGAUACCUGCGUAAAUACGUCAAGAUGGAGGCAGCAGCCAGUGAGAAGAAAUUGAAUUACACCGACCCAUCUGAUUCUUCAGACCUCAGUCCUUUAAGGAAUUUGUCAAAUAUUUGACGUGCUGUUGCAUAUCUGCAUUACGUACGUGCAUUCUCUUCAUUGAAUGGACAUGGAAAAGGUUUAAUUUUAAUAGCAGUUGCUUUGCUUCUUGCCAGUUAAUUUGGCUGACAUUUUGACCUCAACAUCUGAAAGCAUUCAUAUGAAAUGACCAAAGGCAAGACCAGACAUGUAUUUGUUAGAAAGAAAGCUUUAGACAUUUGUAAAUAAGGUUUCAGUAUGUGUGCAUUUAAGGGAGAUUGUGUUUAGGAUGGUUUAUUUCCAUUCAUUUAGCAGAUGCUUUUAUCCAAAACUACGGUUUCCCAAAAUGGCAGUUUAACAAAACACGAUUACAAAAGUAUAAUUCAUUUGGUAAACUGUAUUCUAUGCCAGUAUCAGUUUUACAAUUUUUGAAGUGCAUUUUAUGUUCAUGAUAGAUGAUUUAAUAGAUGACUGUACAGUAUUUUGUCAUAUGGGUUGCUCUGUGAGAUGUCUUUCAAUUUAAUUACAGUAAACAGCAUCUCUGAGAUGUGUGCUGUCUCUUGCUUUCCCAAAAAGUACUUAGACCUGAAGAUGAAACUUUUCAAACGCCAGAGGGUGACGUAAGCUCAUGUAAGAACCUAGAACUGCGGUUUUCAAAUGAUUUACCACACAUGAUUUUCAGUAUAGACCCAACAAUUAGUUCAAGGUAUUAAUUAACAUAAUAAAUAUUAACAAUGUGCUUAUUAAACACUAUUGCUGAGUAUUCACAGGAUAUAUUGU